GCUGUUCUGUCGGGUACGCCAAGAGGGGGGGAUGGGCGAAUAGCGAACACUUGACAAGCCGCUCGUAGGUGUUAUCCGGGAAGAAGAGCUCCCUUAUCACUUAACUAUCCAUGUCCAAGGGAUAGAAACGGCUUGAGUCUAUAGCGACCAUGACACGAGAUAGCAAUUAAAUUCAAUACCCAAAAAGAAACUCAACAUGUCAAUACCUCAGCACCAGUUCUUGUUUCGUCCUCUCACUCGAUUCCUUCCCUCCAAACUCCCUCUCACUUCCAGAGCCUCACCGUCACCCCGCCGAUCAUCGUCUCUCGGCGUUCUCUUUCUUUCCCUAGCUCAUGCUAACAACUUAGCUAGCUCGCCGGAUAAUGUGGAGCCGUUUGUGGAGAAUAAUCUUGAUAUGCCUAGAGCGGACAUAUUGAAGCAGAAAAUGCAACUUCUUGGCAUUGACUUGGACAAUUCUUGUUUGCCUGGACAGUACCAGAAUUUGUUCUGUCCUAAGUGUAAAGGGGGACAGUUAGAGGAGAGAAGUUUGUCCCUCCACAUCAUACCUGAUGGUGAAUUUGCAAUGUGGAGGUGUUUUCGAACUUCAUGCGGGUGGGCUGGUCAGGCUUUUGCAGAUGACAAAGAAUUGUACCGCAGGGUUGGUCAAAAGUCGUACGGAACAAUGACUGAGGAGAGUUUAGGAUUAGAGCCGCUGGGUCCUAAGCUUAUUGCAUACUUCAAGGAGAGACUGAUAUCAGAGAAAACUCUGAGCAGAAAUGCUGUAAUGCAAAUGUCCGACAACAAGAAUGUAAUUGCUUUUACUUACAGACGGAAUGGAUUGCUUGUUGGUUGCAAAUACCGAACUAUGGAGAAAAGAUUUUGGCAGGGAAAAGGUACAGACAAGAUCUUGUAUGGACUUGAUGACAUCAGUGAUGCAGCUGAAAUUAUCAUUGUUGAAGGGGAAAUAGACAAGCUUUCAUUAGAAGAGGCUGGCUAUCAAAAUUGCGUAAGUGUUCCAGGGGGAGCACCAUCAAAGGUUUCCUCAAAAGAUUUGCCGCCAAUAGAAAAGGAUACUGGAUAUCAAUACCUGUGGAAUUGCAAAGAGUACUUAGAUAAGGUAGAUCGCAUCAUCUUGGCAACUGAUAGUGACCCACCAGGCCAAGCUUUAGCUAAAGAGUUAGCGCGUCGACUUGGGAGAGAAAGGUGUUGGCAGGUACGUUGGCCGAAGACAGAUAAACAGAGCUUUUUCAAGGAUGCUAACGAUGUUUUGAAAUGCGCGGGAGCCGAUGCCUUGAAGAGAAUAGUUGAAAAUGCAGAGCCAUGUUAACCACCUUUGCAUACUGGUUAUGGGUGGCAUUAGGAAGGCCUCACCAUUGCUUUCAUGUAGGGAUGUAUAAUCUGUUAAGCUGAUAACUGAUAUAGGUGGCUUUUAUACAUUCAUGUAGCAACUGCGACUAUAUAAAUAUAAAUAUACCCUUUCUGUUUUGUUAUUUUU